AUGGGCAAUAACCCGAGCGCCUUAGAGACAUGUCUGAGCAAUGUCUGCGGGAGCAGAACCGGCUGCGUCUCGUUCCCCAGUGAUCCUCUCUACCAGAUCAACUGGGUUAAGCCAUACAACCUCGCCGUCGAUGUCACCCCUCUUGCCGUGGUGCGCCCAAACACCGCUCAAGAGGUGUCCGGCAUCGUCAAGUGUGCUUCCACUGCCGGCGUCAAGGUGCAGGCUAAGUCUGGCGGCCAUUCCUACGCCAACUUCGGGCUCGGAGGAGGCGAAGAUGACCUUGUCGCAAUCGACAUGGUAAACUUUCAGCAGUUCAGCAUCGACAAUACAACCUGGCAUGCCACCAUUGGGCCAGGCACCAAGCUGGGUUCCGUCGACGACAAGCUCCAUGCUGCGGGUGGUCGUGCAUUCGCCCAUGGCAUCUGCCCCGGCGUGGGUGUUGGUGGCCAUGCGACAAUUGGCGGUCUAGGCCCCAUGUCUAGGAUGUGGGGAGCUGCUCUCGAUCAUGUUGUGGAAGUUGAGGUCGUCACGGCAGAUGGCAGCAUCGUCCGCGCCAGCGACCAACAGAACUCUGAUCUCUUCUUUGCUCUCAAAGGUGCCGGUGCUGGGUUUGGCGUAAUCACCGAGUUUGUGUUUAGGACUCACCCCGAACCGGGAGAUGUGGUGCAAUACUCCUACAGCUUUACCUUUGGCAACGGUGAAGACCUCGCAAAAGCUUACAAGCUAUGGCAAGAUGUGAUCACAGACCCAGACUUGGAUCGCCGCUUCGGAACGGAGCUGGUCAUCUAUCCACUCGGUGUCAUUAUUACUGGCACUUUCUACGGCACAAAGGAAGAGUUCGAAGCAAGCGGCAUUCUUGAUCGCCUCCCUCAGAAUGGCAAUGGCAGUCUCGUUAUCACCGAUUGGCUUGGCUCGCUUACUGAAUGGGCCGAGCACGAAGCCCUGUAUCUCUCUGACACGCCAACGGCCUUCUACUCCAAGAGCUUAGCUUUCAAACCAGAAGAUGCCCUUUCAGAUCAAGGAGCAGUGGAUCUCUUCAAUUACGUCGAAUCCGCUGACAAGGGCACAUUGCUCUGGUUUAUCAUAUUCGAUGCCAGCGGUGGUGCUGUCUCAGACGUUCCCAUGAACGCGACUGCCUAUGCUCAUCGCGACAAGGUUAUGUUCUACCAGUCCUAUGCCAUAGGUCUCCUUGAAGUGUCCGACAGUACACGCGCGUUUCUGACCAACUUCCACAACCAACUACUCAAAGCGGCACCUGCGGAUGUUUAUGGGACAUACCCUGGCUAUGUCGAUCCGGCGGUAGCGGAUGGCGCAGCUCAGGCGGAGUAUUGGAUGACAAACUUGCCUGCGUUGGAGACGAUCAAGCAGAAAUGGGACUCUGCGGAUCUAUUUCACAAUCCUCAAAGCGUGCGCCCGGCAACAUCAUAG